UCAGCCACUAUUUCAGUCGACUCUCGACUGUGUUUAGUCUGGGAGUGGACGAAGUUGCUUAGAUAAACUUUAAUCCACCAUUAUUGUACUGCUUUAUUAGAUGUUUAUAAACCGCUCACUGUUAACGUUUUCAGCCUACACAACGUUAUUGUUUAUAAACUGUUUCUUCCCUAAGUUUAUUAGUAAUAUACUGUGUGUGGAUUAACAGCUAGCCUAUCUGGCUAAGUGUAUUGCCUGAUAUUAUAUUCAACAGAAGAGCUUUGCUUCAAUUCUAUCCUGUAAAUGGGGAACAGUGCUCUGAAAGCUCACUUAGAAACAUCACAGAAGACUGGAGUCUUUCAGCUGACUGGAAAGGGUUUGACCGAGUUCCCAGAGGACCUGCAGAAGCUCACUGGAAAUCUGCGCACGGUCGAUCUGUCCAACAACAAAAUCGAGGUGCUUCCUGACUUCAUAGGAGGCUUUCAGCAGCUCAAGAGUCUCACCAUAAGCAGCAACAAGCUUACUUGUAUACCAAAUGAGAUCGGAAAACUCAAGAAGCUGGAAACUCUCAUUUUAAAUGGGAACCAGUUGAAGCAGCUUCCUACAGGUGUUGGUCAGCUGAAGGCCCUGCGCACCCUCAGCCUGUCGGGCAAUUGCUUUAAAGAGUUUCCCAAUGGACUCGGCACCCUUCGCCAUCUUGAUGUCCUGGACCUGUCAAAAAACAAAAUCCAGGUUGUACCUGCAGAGGUGGCCGAACUGCAGGCCAUUGAAAUCAACCUCAACCAGAACCAGAUUUCGACCGUGUCUCCAGAGGCGUCUCGUGCUCCCAGACUGAAGGUCUUGCGUCUGGAGGAGAACUGUUUGGAGCUUUCCUCCAUCCCUCUCACUAUCCUCGUAGACUCCCAAGUGUCCCUGCUCUCUGUUGAGGGCAACCUGUUCGAGGUUAAAAUGUUGCGUGACCUGGAAGGGUAUGAUAAGUACAUGGAACGUUUCACUGCAACCAAGAAGAAAUUUGCCUGAAGUGUUAAAGUUUUCCUCCGGUGCCUGGGUGCCCUCUUCAUCUUCUCUGGACUCCAUGGGGCGAGACAGGAAUGAAAACUAUGGAGGAAGAGUCUGGAAACUCAAAGCACUGCAGAACGACAGCUCGGAGAUCUUAGACCUGCUGGCAAUAAUGCAACCGUAUGAAUUAUUCUGCAGACUGUGCACGGUUUCCUUUGCAAAGAUUAUAUGAACACAAAUGCAGUGCUAAAGAUAUUUACACUGAACAGUGGUUUAUUGUAUAUUCAAACACACUAAUACCAGGUAUAUUUAUAGAAGAUGUUUCCUUUCGAGAGGCAAGUAUUCCAACUAACAUAUACUUACUGAACCAUUAAAGUAUGUGCUACUGCAUAGCAUUUCAUUAUCCAUUUAUUUUAAUGCUUUCUAGUUAUUUUUGACUGUAGUGAACAGAUGGCUUUUUAUUUAUUUGCACAUUCAUGUUUCUGUAACUUUCUCUAAAUCAAUGAGAAAAGAAAUCAUUUGUGGAGAUUAUUACAAGUGUAAUAUGUUGGGUAAUCUCAAAAUUUCCGUUACAAAUAAUUAUGUGCUUUUAUGUUUUGAUAAAUGCCUGAAUGCAGUCAAUGUGAUAUAUAUGUAUAAAUAAAAUUUGAAUUGUGUUACAUGCAUAAUUCGAAAUGCAUUUUGAUGAAAGAUGGCAAUAAUUUUCAGGUUUGAGAAAUUUAAUUGUAGUUCCUAAAGUUGCUGGGUACAACUUUGAAUGUCUGAAUAUCUGUUUUUUUUUUUGUGUGACCUUGUGAUUCAUGCAGUCAAUCUGUGCAACAUUUAAAACGAUUAGAGGCGGUUUCCCAGACAGGUUUAGGUUAAUCCAGGACUAAGCCUUAUUUAUAUUAGGUCAUUUAAGAAGUUUUUACAAACAUACCUUACAAAAAACACUACAGGUGUGCAUCUUGAGACAAAACAAUGUCAUCGAUAUAUGUUAAAAUUAGUCAGAACAAAGUGUUUAUAAAUUAAAGUAGCUCACACAUGCGUUUUAGUCUGGGAUAACCCCUGUCUGGGAAACCGCCUCUUUAAGAUUUAGUAUGUUUUGGUAUGUUGCAUGAUCAACUUCAGUAACAUUUUACCCAAAAGCAGUUGUAAGCGUCUGUAACUACAUCAUACCAAUCUGGCAUUUGUAAUAUACACUAAUGUUAAGUAAAUGUUUUUGCUUCUCACCGCACUGUAUAUCUAAAUUACUGUUCUGUGCUACAGCAUCUACAUAC